AAAUGCGUUCCCUGAUUAUUGUUGCUCUGUUGGCCUUCCUGGCUGUUGGCUUCGUGGCUGCCCGCCCGGCCGAGGAUGAGGAUACUGCUGUCGAGGAAGUGGCUGAUGGAGAGGAUACUGCGGCUUCCACUGGUGAUGAGGCAACUCAAGAUUCUGAUGCUGAGGAUACCAAUGCUGAGGAGUCAACUGGCGAGGAAAACGAAGGAGAUUCUGCCAGUGAAACCGAAGGAAAUGCUGCCAGUGAAACCGAAGGAGAUGCUGUCAGUGAAACUGAAGGAGAUGCUGCCAGUGAAACUGAAGGAGAUGCUGCCAGUGAAACUGAAGGAGAUGCUGCCAGUGAAACUGAAGAAAACUCUGUUGAUGAAGAGUCCAGCGAUGCUGAUUCCUCCGAGGAUGAAACCACAACCACCACCGCUAAGCCCAGGAAGCAUAUUCGUCCCUUCUGGCCCAGAUUCGGUGGUCACGGUCCAGUCGUGGUCCGCAGGCGUGGUCUCCUGCUACGCAGGGCCUAAGUCUUCUAGAUUCUUCAACAUUUCUAAAAUACUUUCUAUGAACUAUAAAACUUCUCCUUCUCCAAAUAAAGAAACCGAA